AUGAGCAACUGUACUGUUGAGCACAGUAUCCACCAGAUCCUGUUUCCCGCCGUCUACAUUGGGGUCUUCAUUAUUGGCCUCCCGAUUAACCUCCUGUCCCUGUAUCACAGCUACCUACAGAUCAAGAAGAAGAAUGAGCUGGGAAUCUAUCUCUGUAAUCUGACCAUCUCAGACCUUUUGUACCUCCUUUCCUUACCUUUGUGGAUUCAGUACAUGCUGCAGCACGAUGACUGGCAAUAUUCUCGGGAACUUUGCAUCUUCAGCGGUCUGCUCCUCUACCAGAAUAUUUACAUCAGUAUUGGCUUCCUCUGCUUCAUUGCCAUUAACCGCUACCUUGUUGUGGCUUACCCUCUGAAAUUUAAAUUCAUACACAGCAGGAAGGCAGCUUUGCUCAUCAGUAUUCUCAGCUGGCUCAAGGAGAUAGCCAUCUGCACCAUUUACAUGGGCUCCAAGGUUCUCAGUAAAGACGAGGGGAAUGAUACCCUGUGCUUUGAACAUUAUCCUCUGCGCCUAAAGGACAAAUAUUUAAAUAUUUACAAACUCUCCAUUGGCUUUGGUCUCCCUUUGAUUUUAUUAAUCUACUCUUACUAUAAACUGUUGAGGGUUGUCCACAAAGUGCGUGGUGUUCAAGAAGAGCAAAAAUUACGAAUAAAAAAAUUGGUAUCUGGGACAAUCAUCAUUUUCCUGGUUUGCUUUGCCCCUUAUCACAUUUUCCUGAUGGUUCGAACCAUAUUUGAGUAUGACUGUCCCUUUGCUGACAGCGUUUUUGAGGUUUACCAUAUCGGCCUCCUGCUGAUGAGCUUUAAUUGUGUGGCAGAUCCCAUCUUGUACUGUUUCGUAUCUCCAAGUUCACAGGGCUGGUUAGCAAGGUUCCUCGAUCCUGUUAUCAAGCUACUUCCUUGCAGAACGAAUGAAGUAAUUGUGACUCCAGCAGCUCCGAUCAAAUCAACAGUUAUGAAUAAAACUGAAUUAACACAAUAAAGAUGUGGAAAGCGGGCUGUAUUUAAUGGGUAAUGGGUUUUGGGAGUUCAGUUAUGAGUACAACUCACAUAAACUGAUUUAUAUUCAUUCUAUCAUUGUACAUUAUGGUUAAUGUGAUUGAGGUGUUUGUAACACUUCAUCUAUUCUGCUGGACACGUGGAGAGAAAAUAUCUUCCCUGUUGCGGUAGCCCAAUACAAGGAGCUGUCUUUAAACAUGUUCAGAGUCCAUUUUCACCCAAAUGACAAAGCACUGCCAUGCUGGCAAUUUGAAAUACAAUAAACAAAAAUGAAAUGUAAACAGAAAAUGCUGGAGCAAGCCAGCAGGUCUUGCCUAAUCCAUGGAGAGAGUGGUAGUGUUUGGAGAACCCCAAAUAAGUCAUAUCAGACUCAAAAUAUUAAUUAUGUUUCUCUCUCUCCACAGAUGCUGUCAGUCCUGCUGUGUUUCUCCCGCGCUUUGUGUUUUUAUUUCAUCCAAAUUGCAACAAAAAUCUGAAAUUCUUAUUUGUGAUGUUACACGUGAAUGGGCGUUUUCAUGGGUCUUACCAAUGGGUUUUGAGAAGAUUUGUAGCUCAGCUUGAGGAUUUGGAUGUAGGUUUGCUCGCUGAGCUGAAAGGUUCAUU